CUUGAAGGGAGUGCUUGAUAGAAAGAAAUGUAGAAUUUGUUCUUUAAUUCAUUUCUUUGGUGGAUUAGAGAAACUGAUAAUUAUUGUAGAAAAUAAUAUAAGUCAUCAGAAGAUUAAUCUAGAUCGAGAUGUCGGGGCCCAAUGCAAAGAUUGGAAUGAAAGUGGAGGUUGUUGGAAAAGGCCUUGUGGGAACUGUGGCUUAUGUCGGAUCAACUAUGUUUGCCUCUGGAAAGUGGAUCGGAGUUAUUUUAGAUGAAGCAAAGGGAAAAAACGACGGUUCAGUGCAAGGAAAAGAGUAUUUCAAAUGUGCUGAGAACCAUGGAAUCUUUGUGCGUCAGUCCCAAAUAGCAAUUCUUCAGGAUGCGCCAACCUCCCCAUCACCUCCACGUGGAUCCUCCACCCGCAGCAGCAUUGGUGGGGGUACUUCCAUUCCUUUACCAUCAUCAAUGAGAAAAGAGAAGUCUUUUGGGUCAAGAGGUUCCUUAGAGAACGUUGGCAGCAGACCAUCCCCACCUUCCUCCAGGUUGGCUACACCUAAAACCAGUACAACUACUGCUCCUGAGCCAUCAUUGGACAGUUCCCUAAGCAAGAUUCCAGCAGCUGCUUCAACCCCUUUGCCAUCAGGUCCAAGGAAGAUGUCUUCUGGACCAGCGAUAUCAGCUGAUGAGUAUAUGGCUCUUCAAAAGAAGGUCUUAGAAAAAGAAAAGGCUGUUGUUGAUUUGGAGGAGAAACUGGAGACCCUGAAGAGUAAAAGGCAAGAGGACAAGGCCAAAAUGAAGGACCUGGAGAAAUCAAGGAUGCAAUUAGAGCAGAUGCAAGAAUAUAAGACAAAAUGGCAAGAAGCACAGAGGGAUUUACAAGCUCAACUGAAUACAGCAAAAAAGGAGCUGAAAGAGAUCACUGAGAAUCGCCAAGAACACAGUGAAGAGUUGACAGAGCUUCAAGAAGCUGUCGAAAUGGCAACUCUGGAUAAAGAGAUGGCUGAAGAAAGGCUGGAAUCCCUUCAGCAAGAAAAUGAGCAAUUGAAGGACAAGUUGGAAGAAGUUACUCUUGACCUAGAAAUUUUGAAGAAUGAAGUUAGUGAAGGGGGAAUUGAGGGAGCUGCAGCUAAUGCCCAAGUUAAACAACUUGAGCAACAAAACAGCAGGCUGAAGGAAGCAAUCAUGAGACUCAAAGAGGUCCAAGCAAGUGAUAAAGCAGAGAUGCAGUCCUUGCAGAAACAAAUCAAAGAUCUGCAGAAUGGAAACACAACACUUCAGAAUGAAAGGGAAAAGCUCUCUGAAGCUUUACAGGAAGCUGAAACAGCUUUGGCUGAACUCAAAGAACAGGUUGAUACUGCAUUGGGAGCAGAGGAAAUGGUGGAAACUCUCACUGAUAAGAAUUUGAGCCUGGAAGAAGAAAUUGUCACCCUGAGGGAGAAUGUGGCUGACUUGGAAGCUCUCAGGGAUUUGAAUGAGGAACUUGAGGAAAAUCACCUUCAAACUGAACAUGACCUAAGAGAAGAACUGGAAAUGAACAACAACAAAGUUCGUGAGAUGGAGCGAAAACUAGAGGCAGCUCAGGAAAGUAUCGGAGAUCAUCAGCAAACAAUUAUUAAGUUCAGAGAUCUGGUGGCUAAACUGCAGGAAAAUAACCGAGCUAUGCAAGUUCAGCAAGAGGACUCAGAGAAACAAAAAGUCAUUGACAUUCCUUCACCUGAAAUGAUGGACUUUAAAGUUAAAGCUGCUGAGCUGAAGACCUAUACCAAGACUCUAGAGAAUGAAUUAAGAAAGUUUGAUCUGCAGCAAGCAAAUGAAAAGAUAAAAAUGCUCCAUUCAUUUCUGCCUGAGUCAUUUGUAAGGAGAGGGGGUGACAAUGAGAGUGUCUUAUUGCUGCUACUUAUUCCACGUCUCAGUUUUAAGACUGAAUUGUUGCAGUCUCAAUUAAGACAAAAGUAUGAGAUCACAGAAUGUCUCGAGGAUCCUGCCAAGAUUCAAGGUGAAACUGAGGAAGGACUAAGUUUUGCUUCUGGACUCAUUUACCGGUUGGCAGUUCUCCAAGCAGUUGUAAAGAAUAUUGAAAGAGCUCUUGAUCAGUGUGAUGCUGGUUUGUUCAACAAACUAGUUGGUAUAUACCCUGAACUAGCAGCACACGAGAGGGCUGUAGAUGGACUUAUUGACUUUUUUAAGAAAGACCAGUUAGAUGAUACAGUUGCCAUGGAACCCUUGGAGAAGGCAAUUCAUUACUAUACUACUAUGGUUCGGUUCCACUUGGCUGGUAACCCUGUGUCACAUUCUGAGUUCUUGUCCGACGAAUUGAAGAUCUUCACUGCUGGAACAGAAGGUGCUACCAUAGAGAUUGAGAGACUGAAGCAGUAUAGUAAGGAUUGUGAUGAAGGAAGUGCCUUUGGUGAACUUGUUCAAGAAAUGGAACUCAGAAACGUGGAAAUUCAGCAGCUUUGCAGAAAGAUCAAAAGAAGAAUGCCAGAAGAUCAGAAAAGUACCCUGUCGUUUUCUGAUAAGAUUCAAGAGUCGCUGAUUGAAUGCGCCAGGCAACAGAAUUUGGAGCUGAAAUUCUGCCAGGAACUUACUGCAGCUGUUACACAGAAAGCCUCUAGUCUAGGUGACAAUGAAAACUUACUGAGUGGUCAACUUGACGAGUUGGCCAGUGAUGUGGCCGUGCUGGUGUUUGAGACGGAUGAAGUUCCGUGUAAAGAUAUAGUCAGUCAAACUUUCCAUGAAGUCAUUUCUUUCCUAUACUCAUUUGUGACCAAAAUACAAGAAGGCGAUUAUGAUGCUGAACCUAAAGAAGAGUCCAAGGCGGAUCCUCCCUAUCUUCAGCGCGCAAAGACUUUUAAGUCAGAAUUAUUUGAUUCGGCCGGCGUGGAAGAGAAACUCCUUCAGAAGGAAAACGAGUUCAUGGACCUUAAGAAAAAUAUGAAACUGAAGAACGAGGAAUUGAGUCAGGCUAAUAUUAGGAUUGGAUUAUUGGAGAAACGUCUCGAAAACAUCAACAAAGAGGCUGAUGCACGAGUCGAAGCUGCAAAUCGAAAAAUGGAGCAAUCUACGGAGGACUUUGCAAGAAAGGAAAAGGAAUUCGAAGAAACUAUGGAUGCUCUCCAGAACGACAUUGAAACCUUGGAGAAGGAGAAGGGUGACAUGAAGAGACGUUUAGAUGCUUACUCAAAGAAGUCCCUUCUGGCCGAUCUUGCGCGCCAUGCCACAUCAUCAUCUAGCAUCGCGGCUGUUGUAGCAGGUGCGGCUGCUGCUAAGGGCGGCGGAGGCUCUCCUCUACGGGGUAGCCCAGGGGCGGGUCAACAGCCGGUACAAGUGGUAAUAAAGGAUUCACCUAUAAUACUUGCUCAGGUUGACUCACUUAAAAUUGCCUUGAAGCAUCUAAGAAACGAAAAUAUCCGUCUUAAGAGUCAGCAUAUGAAGGAGCAAUUAGAUGGGUUGCCAAAAAUAUACAUACCACCGAGAAUUCAGCCUCGCACUGAGCCUUUGGAGCAACAGACUGACGAGACAGCGGAUAAAGAACAAAAGGAGAAGGAAUUAGUACCAAGCCUUAACACUGUUACAAGGGAAACUAACAAAUUACUCGAGAACUUGCAAAAGAUGAGUGCCUUUCCAAAAGUGGUUGACAUUUCUCACAGGAAAUCAGGGUCAGUUCCUGCACUAAGCAAAAUGACUCCCGCUAACCAUUUGGUAGAGCGAACAGCUAUUUUGCGCGAUCUCAAGCGACAAAAAGAAGAGCUCCAAGGGAAAAUUCAGAAGUUAAUUGCAGCAGAAUAUCCAGGAGGAACAUGUCAAAGUUCUUUUUCAUCUUUCUUAUCUCCGACUUUUUCCAAGGUUCUACAAGAGAAAGCUCAGGCCCCUCAGCUGGGAAGAGUCACCAUUCCUGUGCCAUCGAGCACCAAAUCCAACAAAUAUUGCGUCACCUUGAAACCACAGGAAUUCAGAACACUUCACACUGUAUUUGUCAGUUAGAAACGAAAAUGUGUACAUAAAUUAUAAAAUCUUAGACAGAAUAAUGUUAUAUUUAGUAGUCGGAGGUGGAGAAAUGAGUGGUUUCGCCUUGAUCAGCUGUGACAGCCAGGGUACAACCGACUUACCGAAACUUAGCGAAAAGUGCUGUGAGUCUCAAGGCCUACUUUGAAAUUCUUGCCACAUGUUGCCGCACAUUUUCUUUUGUGCUGUUUUUGAGAUUGCAGUACAGUCGCCGACUCUCGCCCUGCGGGCACCUCGCUAUUACGGACACCCCACCAUUUGCGGACAAGAGCAGUUAGCAAGGCCGCGUUAGAAACCUUGUCCAAUUCACUUCGCUUAUAAGAGAGCGUGAUAUAUCAAUUAAGAAACUACUGAACAUUAUUUCUGUUACCUUCACGGAUAAUAUUGACUUUUCAAGAGAGGAAGAUGACAACAAC